AUGUCGAGCGCAUCGCUGUCAUCGGCCGACACGGCCGUCUCCCCGUCAAGGUCCUUUUCAAUCGACGACGAAGAGGCCGCCAUGAACAUGAACGGGGUCAAGACCGUCGACGCCGAGGUGCCUCGCGCCAGGGGCCUGCACCCUGCAAUUCACAUCAUGAACUGGAUCUUCUUUUCGAAUCUGACUAUAUUGUUCAACAAAUGGAUCAUCGGCUCGACCAGCUUCAAAUACCCCAUCAUUCUUACUUGCUGGCACCUUGUCUUCGCCACUCUGGCGACCCAGCUCCUCGCCCGCACCACGUCACUUCUCGACUCCCGCCAUAAGCUACCCAUCACCCCUCGUCUGUACAUCCGCACAAUCUGCCCCAUUGGCCUCCUCUACUCGGGGUCCCUGGUCUGCUCCAACCUCGUCUACCUCUACCUCUCGGUCGCUUUCAUUCAGAUGCUCAAGUCGGCCGCUCCUGUCGCCGUCCUCUUGACCUCGUGGGCCUGGGGGGUUGCCGACCCCUCGCUCUCCUCCUUCAUCAAUGUCCUCGUCAUCGUCGCCGGCGUUGCCAUUGCCUCGGUCGGCGAAAUCCACUUCUCGCUCAUAGGGUUCCUCUACCAGCUUGGCGGCAUCGGCUUCGAGGCCGUCCGCGUCAUCAUGAUCCAGGUAAUGCUUUCCGGGGAGGGGCUUAAGAUGGACCCCCUCGUUGGCCUCUACUACUACGCCCCUGUUUGCGCCGUCAUGAACGUCAUCGUCGCCCUGCCCAGCGAGGUUCCGCACUUUCGUUGGGACGAUCUCGCCAGCGUUGGCUUCGGAGUGCUCUUCCUCAACGCUCUCAUCGCCUUCAUGCUCAACGUUGCGAGCGUCUUUCUUAUUGGCAAGACUUCCGGCCUCGUCAUGACCCUCACCGGCAUCUUCAAGAAUAUCCUCCUCAUCAUUGUUUCCGUCAUCAUCUGGCACACCAAAAUCACCCUCCUCCAGGCCUUUGGCUACACAAUCGCCCUUGGCGGUCUGACGUACUACUCGGUCGGCUACGACCAAAUCGCCCGAGGCGGCGCCGCAGUCAUCGCUUGGACCGCCGCCACCAUCUCCCCUUCCUCUUAUCCAAGCGCGGCCUCCCGCAUUGCGGCCCGCAGGCUGCUCCUCGUCGUCGCCUUUGGCCUGAGCGGACUCUUCGUCGUCAGCCUGGCCUGGCGGCACUAUGACCCGAAGAACAAGGGCAUGUUUUCGUUACCAGCCUUUUUCGGCACCGAGUGA